AUGGCUAGCUACAUCAAGGCGCUGGUCGAGCUCAACUCUGGAUUUCGAAAUCCUCAUCAUCCCGAUGUUCCGUUGCAUAUCGUCGACGUUGGCUCGGGUCAAGGAUAUCUUACUCGAACCCUUGCCAGUUUAUUUCCGGAUGCACGAGUAUUGGCGCUGGACGCGGACGAGGGACAGACUAUCGGAGCCGAGCUUAAGCUAGGCAAAGAAAACAAGCGCCAUCCUUCCGCCAAUACAAACCCUCGAAUAACACAUAAAACCGUUCUUAUCACCCCCGAAUCUCUGAUAAAGUCAGUGGACGACUGGGUUACCGGCACUCACCCCAAACGAGAUGCUGUCGCUCCCGUCCUCUUCGUGGCCCUACAUGCCUGUGGCUCUUUGACGCCCGAUAUCUUGCGGGCGUUUGUGUCUGCUACAUCGAGGAUUGGAUCGGACAACAUUUGGUAUCCAUGUUCCACUGUUGCAGUUGGAUGUUGCUAUAAUCUCAUGUAUCCAGGAGAUUACCCUCUCUCGAAGGUCCUUCGAUCACAUCAACCUCUUCAUCAGCCCCUUCCAGCCUCAGCCUAUCAUUUAGCCGCCCAAAUUCCAGAGGCCUGGCUGGUCCCCAAUCCCGCUGCCCCGAUUUCAGGAUGGAAGAUGCAACCAUCCAUGGAAUUAGCCACAAGAAAAAUCGUUUGGCGAGCUUUGCUAGGCUACGCACUCCGCACUCCUUUUGCGAAGAUUUCGACCGACGAGGCUGAGCCAGCGACGGCGACAGAAAGGGUACAAGCCAAAUGCAAAAAAUCCGCAGAGGUUCCUGUGAAAUGGUGGUUGUACAACGAGCCCAUGCCUAAUGCGUCACACGCGUCGCGUCAAGUGUUAUCAGAAGCGAAUGGUUCAUUCAAACGACUUCCAUCCGUAGUCCAUGCGGACCCACAAAUUCAGCAACAACAGACCGUAGGUGUCGGACAGACGGCAACCGCCAUGCGCCUUGGAAAGUUGCCGGACUCUGCGUACAGACAAGGUUGGCAUCACUUUCUCGACGUCGCCGGGAAGAAGCUAGGUGUAAAGUGGAACUUGGGGGAUGGAGAGGCAACGUCAACAUUGUUUGACACACUCCGCUCUCCAGAGCUAGAGCAAAAAAUAGAGACGCUCCAUUUUUUGCGUUGUUUGCUCGGUCCUGUGGUCGAAAGUUCUAUCUUGUUGGAUAGGUUGGUCUGGCUGCAGGAACAGUUAUGUGUUGGAGACAGGAGAACGCUGGGUCAUACGAGUCUGGGAGUGGGAGGAACGUGGGGAUUUGUAUGGCGCCAAUACUUCCGCACGAUCUCUAACGGUUACUUUAUCUCUCGAAUACUCGGCUCGGUGGCAACGAUGCGUCCCUGUAAAGUCCUGGUUCGCGUCGCGACUCGCGAACUAAUCAGGACCGCAAACAAGGGCAAAUACCACUGGUCACUGUUCGCAACGGCGACGAGAGCCGUUUGCCUAUAUCUCUGUGUCAGGGUCAUUAAGAGGGCGCUAGUACGGUGUCCUGGACGCCCAAUGCGCGGUCUUGCCUUUCCUGUUGACGCCGCCUCCAAUCGUGAAACUUCCCAUGAAUAUGGUACACCCAUGAGUGCCGGCGACGACAUACCAAUCGACCCUGCGCUGACAGGAGAAGCGACGGCAAUCGACCCAGUACUGGUGGCUGAGGAGCAGAGUAUGCGGGAGGCCUCGUUUCAGCCACAAAACGUCCCUCAAGAGCCACUCUAUCCACCGCCAGUCCAGGUCCACACCCCAAUGGCACAAGACGACGAAGAGCGACAAUACUCACAAGCACCGCAAGGAGAUCCGUUUGCACCUCAGAUGAUUGUCCCCUACAUCCACAUAGAACCCGAACCUGCUUCCCCACCACCCGUAAAGACCAAGCGAAAGCGCAAGGUGAAAAGAGAAGAAGAGUGUGGAUUUUGCAAUGGAAACGAUCAGUUCAACGUCCGGACGGAGCAGCCAGAACAGAUGACCCACUGUAUCGAGUGUGGCCGGAGUGGACAUCCCACCUGUAUGCAGCUAGCACAUAUUGGAGACGUCAUUCGGUCCUACCCCUGGCGUUGUAUUGAAUGCAAGAUCUGCGAAGUCUGCAGCAGGAAGGGCGACGACGUACGUUUUGUGCAGCUCGACCUCCUUGGACAAACUACUGACAACCCUCUUCUUUUUCAGGAGAAGAUGAUGUUCUGUGACAGUUGUGAUCGAGGCUGGCAUAUGUAUUGCUUGAAUCCACCCAUGGAUGAGACGCCUCCCGGCAAAUGGUCCUGCCCGCAAUGCUCACCCUUGUUCCCGGAACAGGGUAUCCCGAUGUUCGUAGAUGGUGUUCUACCAGGCCCUUAUCAUAUCCCGUCCCCUCACAUCCCCGCACUACCCAUCCCAAUACCCCGCGAAGCAUCUGUGGCCUCCACGUCUCAAUCAGCCCGUCAAGAGGCCCCGGAAGUUCCUGUUGAAGUCGCCAAACCUAGAAGGGGCCGGCCACCAACCGGUAGGCGUAGGGGUCGACCGAGGAAGCAUCCAUUACCAGAGCCACCAGCAACACCCAAGGCACAAGAGCCCGCACCUGAAAUGGAGGUGGAUGAAGAAGAACCUAUAGCAGUCCCCAAACCCACAAGGGCUGGAAAGGCCACAGGGAAACGUGGUCGGGGUGCCGCACCACCUCCCCCGGUGGAAUCUUCAGAGGAGGAACCAGAACCACAAUCAUCGCCUGUACGUCGAGAUCGAAGGAAGAGACCGAGGGACCCCUCUCCUGCACCUUCUUUACCGCGGGUUCGUUUACGGCUACCCACUCAGAACCACUCGCCGAGCAAAGGUAAGGGGAAAGAGCGGGAAGAAGAAGACGACGACGAAGACUCCGUUUAUGGAAUGUUCGAUGAUAUCCUCUCCCCUGAAGAUCGGGAUACCUCGAAAACAAUGAUCUCCAGGCAUGAUAAGAUACUCUUUGAACGGUCUCGGAGCAUUGCAGAGGAGAAGCUUCAUCCACAAACUGCACCUCCUGCUUCAGCAGAACCGGAACAGCAUGACUUCUUUGGCGCAGGGCCCUCCCGACCUCUACGAUCUGCAGCUCUACACCACCUAACGACAGCUUUACCUUCCGCAUCAACACCUACAGCCGUCUCUACUUCUCCCGUCCCGUCUACUCCUGGAGGACCUCUCCCACCACAGCUUUCCGCCAAUCCCCACAUGCUACGAAUCAGAACCAUCCGGUUUGGCGAAUGGGACAUCAAGACUUGGUACGACGCACCAUUCCCGGAAGAGUAUGCUACGAUUCCGGAUGGUCGUCUCUGGAUAUGCGAAUUCUGCUUGAAGUACAUGAAGAGUCGAUUUGGUGCAGUUCGUCACCGGGUGAAAUGCAAGGCUCGGAAUCCUCCAGGGGACGAAAUCUACCGCGAUGGGCCAAUAUCCAUAUUCGAAGUUGAUGGCCGAAGGAACAAGAUCUACUGUCAGAACUUAUGCUUGCUAUCCAAGAUGUUUCUUGACCACAAAUCGCUGUUUUACGACGUCGAGCCGUUCCUAUUCUACGUUGUAACAGAAGUGGACGAUAUUGGCGCCCGCUUCGUCGGAUACUUCAGCAAGGAGAAGAGGAGUCCGAAGGAUUACAACCUUAGCUGUAUAAUGACGUUACCGGUUCGACAGCGGCAAGGAUGGGGAAACUUAUUAAUUGACUUCAGUUAUCUACUGUCCAAGAAGGAAGGAAGGUUGGGUUCCCCGGAGAAGCCGCUUUCUGCGCUUGGGCAGAUUGGGUACCGAAGGUAUUGGACGCUGGCUGUGAUGCGGUACCUUGAGCAUGCUCCAGAUCAGAUCCGGCUCGAAGAUAUCGCCAAGGCCACGUCCAUGACGUUGGAAGAUAUCUGCCAGACGCUGAUAGAGCAGAACAUGAUUUUCAUCCGCGAGCCCACCCCACCGAUCAUCAGACCUUCACCUGGCCAGGCUAUCAAACUACCUAAAGGUCGGAAGAGCGGAGUCGGUCGACGACAGCUUCAGCGUAUGCAAACCCAAGACCGGUACGGGGACAACGGCGGUCCAUUUGUUCCUCCCAAACACUACGAGAUUCAUUUCGACCGGGAGAGGGUCGCGGCGUUCAUGAGGGCCUAUGAAGCCAAGGGUCAGCUCAAGUUGAAGCCAGAGAAACUUCAGUGGACGCCGUACCUACUCUCCAGGAAGAACAAGGAACCACCACAGGGCUUGGUCACCGAAACCCCCGCGAUGGCAACUUCGCUUAACGGCCUCUCGCCUACAACUCCAAGGAGGAAGAAGAUCACAGUCUCUUCUCCGAACAAAGAGGAGGAGGACGGAGAGGAGAAACCAGAAAGGCCUCAGCUGAACCUCUUCGGCAGUCCGCCUCCAGACGAAGCUGAGGAGGAGGAGGAGUUACCCAAGCCCAAGGUGGAGGUCAAGGCGAGACGACGGGCUUCGAAGAAAACACCAGCCAAGCCCAAGGAACGCGAUCGAAGCCCUGCACCAGAACUCGUCAUCUCCCCCACUUCAUCGCGUCGGUUACGGAACCGGACGAAUGGUGCUUCCCCCGAAACUGCCACGGUGAAGACUCCCCACAUAUCAGAUGCACUGCGGCGGGGGAGACCACGCGGUACUGGACGGCCUAAAGAUGUUGAGGUUUCCCUGCCGGUACACAAGGAAGACUACUCUCCAAGCGUACGAAAUCUACGUUCAUCUCGGAGCAAGAACAAUAUGGCUGGUGGGUUUGAUGAGAAGGUAACCCCCCUUCCUUCGCGGAAGCGGAGAAGGGUUGAAUCUCCAUCAGACGAGGAGGAAGCGGAGGUCACUCAGGCACUGGGAAACACGACGCCAUCUUCAUCUGGAACAGCGACGAAGGUGGAAAUGGCUGAUGAUCAGGCCCCGUCGAUAAAUGGGACAUGCAUCAAUGGUCGACAUGAAGAACCCUCCAAGGGAGCACCUUCUGAAGCACAAUCAGGGGACGUGGAGGGAGACGAUUGUGAUAAGGUUCAACCCUCAUCAGCAGAGGCGGACAACCCUCCGGACUCAGUCGAGGCAAUUGAUGGGCCUGUGACUUUUGGGAUGGAUGAAGACGGUGUUAAAUCAGACAAUCCCCCUUCACCACCGCCAGCAGUCGAAGAUGGACGAGGUUACAUCAACGGGAUUGAGAAACUGGAAGCACGGCCGUUGCAUGCGGAAUCCGACUUGCGGUCCACGCUCGACGUGGGGCUCGCUGAGGAGGAAUACGGGGACGAAGACGCCGAUGGCGAGUACGAAGAGGAGGGCGACGAGGAAUACCAAAGCUAUGCUUGGCGUGAUUCAACGAUGCAGUACGGGCAUAUGACGAUGCAGGACCGUAGGGACGCCAAUAUUGACAGCAACGGCUCGACUCACCAGAGUCUUGGUCAAGCCUUGGGCAGCCAUGCUCAUCUCGCGCCCCCGUCCUACCCAAGACCACAUCCUGACCCGUACAGGCAUCCAUCCACCUCCCCGCCCACCCACAAUCAGCCUAAUUCUGCCCAGGCUCAUGGAGGCCCUCCCUCCGCCGUUCAUUCCAUGACCUUCGUCACAAAUCCUGCCAAUGGACAGACAUCCCCCGCAAUGAAGCGAAAACAGAUGGACAACCAGAUGAACACAGUCCAGAUCUCAAAGAGGAGGCGGGACGACGACGACAACUUUGACAUAGAUGGCGCAGGCCAGGGAGCAAAGCACUGGACGGACGAGGAGAAGACGCGCCUCUUUCGCUGGCUCAUGGGGCCCAACAACGACGACCAUUGGAAUGCCUUGAGGGCUACCAAGAACUCGUGUUUACGCGAGUGUGCUCUCGAGGUUUUUGAAGGAAAGAAGACUUAUCAGGCACUCAAAGGCUGCUAUGAACGCAACUUCAACGUAUUCAAACAAAUCUACGCCGUGGAGGCGUUCCAUGGACACCCUGGCCCCUACCAAACACCCAACGAGUCAGACCGCACACGUGAAUAUGAAAGGCGGCUACAACUUGCACGCAAGGCUAGUACCGAUGUCGGGAACGUGACUGCUCGUAUCAUUGAGCAUUGGUUUGCUCGUGGAUGGUACGAGCUUUUCUUUCGUCGCUGGAACGGCGACCCAGCGACAACAAAGCCAGCAUCAUUACGUGGCUCCACCGUAGCCCCUACGCAAAAUCCACCAGACGAUCCAGAGGAGGAGGAUCCGCCGCCACCGCCCCCUGCCCAGUCAACCACGGCCACUAUCGAUUUUUCAGCGGAACCCCACCCCACAUUGUUGCCAAAUGGGCUACCCAAUGGCCUAGCACAUGAUCGUCAACAGACCCACUCGCAUCCGGGUCAAGUCAACUUCCUUAACCCCCAUGCUAUGAGCAACCCCAGCAACAGAGAAGUUCAUCAGCAGCAGCAACACCUCGCCCAUCCUCCGCCGCCACCACAGCCGCCACAACCUCUGAUGUCAGUAGGCGCUUCCCCGUCCUUGGUCCCAGGCCCUGCCCAAACGCCAACCAUGCCUCCACCACCGCCUCAUGCACACCCUUCCCAUCCACACCAUCCCCAACCACAACCACCUACAAAUGGCAAUCAGGGGGAUACAUCGGCAAUGUCCAUACCGCUGACCCCGAACAUGGUCAACACGCUCAUGCAGUACAUCCAAGUACAGACCCAAGCGAGCAGGCUUAAGAUGGAAUACCUGCGGAGGAGGGAAGAGCGGGAAGAGAAGGAGCAUAAAGCAAGGUAUGAAGCCGAGCAACUACGGUUAGAACGGGAGAGGUUUGAACUGGAAAAACUCAAAACAACGGGGAUGAGCAGGCUCCGAACCGAGAAAGUCUUCGUAAGUUUAUUAUCUCUUCCUUACUCUAGGCACUCGCUGACCUGUCAUUCGUAG